AUGUCUGCAGCUAUGAUGGAAGGGACAACCCAAAUGUCCUCGGCUGCUGGACAGCCCACUCCUUCACAAUCUCGUCCUUCGCACUCUCGCCCUGCAGUAUAUCAUAGCAAACCUGCACCUUCGAAGCGCAUUGUCUCCAAAGAUCAUUCCCAGUAUCCAUCUGAACGUCCGCAACACCCAUCGCUUUUUCGUGUGAAGGGCCGAGACAAUAUGUUCACUCCGCCUCGAAUGAGUGCCGAGGUGUCGUGGCUGGGAGACCAGUCCCCGGCUCACUCUGGCCCAAGAACCCCUUCUCGCUCAUGUGAAACGCCUGAACCUGGCACUCCUACAUUGGUGAAUCCCGCAUCUGCUUUAUUGCAGGAUCUUCUCAAGGAACAACGCGCGCAUCGGAGCUCACGAGGCCCCAGUUCAGAGCAAUGGGAAGACGCUCCUCGUACUCCAGAGGGAACUCGAACACAGGACGACACUGGAUCGGAAAAGGCGCGAAAGGUAAAUGAUGUCUUUAAUGCUGGCUUGAAAAAGCCAAAAGAGAUGGCCAUUCGGGAGAUGGAUCAGUAUGUUUCGAAAAUGAACAAACUGAAUUUCGAUUUGAAACUCGAAGUCUUUUAUCGCGCCCAACAGAUGAGUGUCCUCGAAAAGAAAGUGGAGCGAAUAGAGGAGAUGGAGGAGGAACUUGCCCGAAUGCACGACCUGGAAGCUGAAGUUGAGGAGCUUCGCGCCACCGACAAAGAGAACCAGAAACUGCGAGAAUCAAACGAGCAACUCCGCAGCGAGCUUGACAAGCGAGACAUAGCAGUUACCGAGGCCGUCGAGCUCAUCUGCCAAUUGGAAUCGAAGAUUGAUGUGCUGGAAAAUGGCGGACGAGGCUCAAGAAUGAGCAUGUCACGACCAGUGACCGCGGAUGGCCCCGCAGUCUCGACACCCAAGGCCCGGACUAUGAUUGAGAUUCCAGAGAGGACCUCGUCGAAACGAAACUCCAGUAUGAUUAGUCUUCCGAGACGGCAAACUUCAUCUGAACUGCGGAAACUUUCGAAAGCACCGUCAUUCCUCCGAGCAGGUAACAAGAGCACUGCAACUCUACGGAGCCUCUAUGAACCCGAGGAAAACCAAUCGCACUCGGUAUCGAGUCGACUUACCAAGUCAAACAGCUUCAACACGAUGACAGAGCUCGAGCCCGAAUCGCCCAGAUUGAGUGUUCUCAGUGAAUGCAGUGAGCUGGAUCCGUUUGGCACACCAACGAGAUGGGACCAUUUCGAUCGGAUUGAAAUCCCAGUUCGGAAAGCACCUUCAACCACAGGCAGUCUGGAUAGCUACGUCGCUCCUGCUGAACGGGAAGAAAGUAAAGAGGGCGAGAUUGAUCGCUGGAUGCAGUCAAGUGAGGAUAUGUCCCAGACUAUCAUCACGAGGCGCAGGAACAGGGCAUCGUGUGAUGCCUCCAAGGCCGCUCUCCCUAGCCUUACAGCAGAUCUAUACUCUCAGAGGCCUCGCGGACGUGGACGAUUGGAUGCAUCGCUUUUCGGUGGCGUCAGACUUCCUCCUACUCCUGACACCAUGAGCACAACAUAUGCUAUCGGCACAAACCGCUCAAACGGCAGCAUUGCAGCCCGAAGAAGCCCGCAAGUUGAGCACGAUAUGUGCUUCCCUGGUAGACGGCUGGAUCGUCCACGCUCAGCAGAUGAAAUGACCGCAAGUCGCCCAAGCUUCGAUGGGAGUGAGGUCACCGACAGUAUGCAGAUCAAUUGCAGUGAUACCCCACGCCUUAGCCAAAUGACUCUUGAAUCGCCUACUAUUCUGCCCGCCUUCAACACUGUCUCUUCCAAAGCUAGCGAGCUUCUUGGACCUGGAAGCCCUAACAACCCUGGUAUUGAAAGCUUCGCAAGUCUACAACGCACGCCGAAGCAAGAAUCGACUCCUACAAUCAAACGCGUCCGCAGCCCAGUCAAGGCCAUGACACCAGAACCCCAGUCAAAGGACGAGGCAUCACCACCACUGACACCACAAGACUGGGUCGCAGCCGCAAAGCAAGGUCCACGCUCCCGGAAGGAGAAGCCGCGCGGGACAGGACUCGAAAUCCAAGAGACACAGUUAUCGCCCGGCAAGGCAACAAUAAACCAAGCCGCCUUUAACGACACCAGCAGCAUAAUCUCAGCCAUAAGCAGCGAGCCUGAAGUCCCAGGCAUCCCAACGCUAGACAUGAACACCCUCGACAUCCUCGAACAACCCCUGGAACUCUCCCAAGCCGAAUCCCAACCAGAGCCCGAAUCCCGUCGACGCCUAAGCUUCCGGCCCCCAUUCUUUAGCCGCUCAAGCAACAACGGUCCACGAUCCCUUCAAGCAUCCCCAAUCCCAAAUGACCUCGAUGAAGACGACGAAGACGGAGCCCCAUCACCCAUAAUCCCUAAAACAAGAAAUACGGGCGGUGUAUCGCGCAGACCAAUGUCUCAAAUCCUCAUUGAUUCAAGUGAUGUAUACAACAACAAAUCGCUACCUUUACCCCGAGACGGACCAACCUACGCCCGACCCCAAACCUUCCGCUCAAAUGGCCUCCCACCCUCCUUCACAGAAUCAGCACUAAACAGCCACACAACUUCAGCCACGAUCUCCGGCCGCCCGUCUACAUCCAACGGUCUCGGUCCAGCAACAGAGCACAAACGUCGCAGCUCGCUCGGUAUCUUCGGCUGGAUGAAGGGGAAAGCCCUCUCUAGUACCGGUACGGAUAAAGCGGCUGAUACAGCGAAAGAACCACGCACGCUUUCUAGAUUGGUUUAUGAGAGUGGUGAUGGAACUGGAGAGCCUCGUGCCUUGACGCCUGAUUCGUUUGAUUCACCUACUACUUUUGUAAGGCCGCAUUCUGAGAUGGAGAUUCUCCAGGGGGAUUAUGGGAGGAGGCCUAGGUAUAUGGGGCGCAGGGCGAGGAGGGGGUAA